AUGAUUUCUUCAAACAUCUAUGUUCCAUAUUUCCAAGUCUAUCUUCUCACCUAUACAAUAAUCGGUUCAAUUUUCCAAUUUUUCCUAUUAUUUCUAAUCACCAAAAAAUCACCAGCCACGUUGGAUCAUCUCAAAUAUUUUCUCUACAACACAAGUUUCAUUCAAAUUCUUAUGAUUUUCUUCGCAUUUUUUGUGCAACAACGAGUUUUGCCAAAUAGCACAAGUGUGGCAGUUUUGCCAAUGGGACCAUGCAAAUAUUUUGGUCCCGAGUAUUGUUUUAUUGGUUAUCAUUUUUAUACAGCUUUUGCUGAGGCAGCGGCUCUCGGAAUUUCGUGUACCGUACUUUUUCGAUAUUUAGUUUUGAUUCGGGAUUCUAUUAGUGAAACUCAAAUUUUUUCAAUGAUUGGAAUAUCACAUAUCGGACCACUCAUUUUACUAGUGAAUUUGAAAAAAACAUUUUGGGAAAAGAAAAAAAUAAAGUAUUUAACCUAAUUUUCAGAUAAUCCCAUUCACUGCGAAAUGGGACUUCGAAAAAGUCCGGAACUUGACCUAUAAUGAACAUCCAACCUAUGAUCUUUCAAUUUACGAAUCAUUCCCAGGGUUUGCUGAUAUCACAAAUAUCCAAUUUGUUAGUGCAACUGGAAUUUUAGCAAUUGGAGUAUAUGGAAUACCGACUUGUUGUUUUUUAUUAACAAGAAGAGUUUUAACACUAAUUAAAUAUCAUCAAAAUAUGUCCGAAAAGACUAAAAAGCAAGCAAGAACUUUGAUAAAUGGACUAACUUUUCAAACAAUUCUACCAGUUUUGGCCUAUAUUCCAAGUUUUACGUGUUAUCUUAUAACACAAACUUAUAAUAUCGAAAUUUUGUUGUCAGGUUAGAUUAUAAUUUUCUGAAAUUAGUCUAAAAAAUACCUGUUUUCAGAGCAUCUCAUCUUGAUAUCAGCUUCAUCUCCAUCACUUCUUGAUCCUUUGAUCUCAUUCUAUUUCAUAGUUCCAUACCGUUCUGCAAUCAUCCAAAUUUUCAGUCGUGGAACAAAAAGUGCUGCGAGAAAAUCUACAGUAAUAUCAGUUUCAGUUUCCACAUCAGCGGUUUGA